AUGUCAGUAACCAUGUGCCACUACAUGAAAAGUGUAAAGAAAAGCAAAACCAGUAAGCAUGGAACUUCCAAGACAAAAGCGAUAUCAACAGACAAAAACCCAAAGUCUCAGUUCGUGUAUUCAAGAAGUCCCCUUGGUCUGUUUCGCCUGCUCCCACGAGAAAUGCGCUUCUGGAUAUUCGGUUUCACACCUCCUGCCGACCUUGGACAACUUUCGCUUUCAUCAAGGGUUUUUAGAGACGAGAUCAUUGAAUACAUUCACGACAACGAGGGCUUGCUGAUUAUCGUCCCGAGAAUUCAUCUCAACAGUGACGAGGAAUCCUCCCAGCAUUUCAUGACUUUGGAAACUGAAUACUGUUGCAACCAUUUUAAUGAGCUGGGUAGGCCUUAAUUUGCAACUCAUUUAACUCUAUCUUUACAACCAUUAAUGUCCCACAAGCCACUCAAUUUGUCGUCGUCGUUGUUAUUUUUGGUUUCUUUUAGGCAUCUUGGUAAAAAGAGCAACGUGCCUUCUUUCAACGAAAGAAAGGUUAAAAGAAGUUGGAAUUAUUCUUGAUAAGGUAUUCAUCCAUGGGUAUUUAGCUAUAGAGCGUUCCACCUCCACAAGAGAGGCUCGCCACCCUUUAUUUGUUUACCUAUUUCUAUGACUUUCAAUAACUUUGGUUUGUAGCAAAGAACGGAAAUCGAAAAAAUUCUAACUUUUCAGUUCCUCAUCGAGAAAGAAUGUCCUCUCUUUUUUGUAUUUUUAUAUUUUAGAUGCAUAGGUUCCUCGUUUAACAAAGGAUAUUAUUUCCGGUAUAUUCCAUAUGGAGCGUAAAAAUAUACACUGCAUCGGCUUCCCAACAACAACAUCUAUUCGCAAGGAACAAUAAUUAGGACAUAUCGUUACUUUGGAAGGGGGGCAGGGCUUGUAAAUCAUGCUUCGUGUAAGUAGUGUUGCACUUGUCAAUUCUAAUGGGUUUUCCUCCUUUCACCUUUAUAAUAGAUUCUUUUAUUCACAAAUUUUCAGCUGAAAGACACUCACACGAAGAUCUGCACCACACUUGGUAGUGAUAUAGCUUACAGCUGCUACGGAAAAUUUCUCCAUUCCUUUGUAGCUGGAUGGGAAGACGAUGAGAAGUUCAAAGCUUAUCUUGCGAUUAAAGGUUUGAAAGAAAGACUGUUAAUAUAAUUGCAUGCAAUUAUUAAAGUCCACCAUCCAUAUAUCUAUUUUAAACGUGAUAAACGGCCGCAAAUUACAUUAUUAUAUUUUUCAUAGUAUACGAUAUACCUCAGAAAAAGAGUCAUUAUAGGAUUGCAUUACUAACACUAUACUGAAGUCUUUACAACAGUCUUCGGCCAAAUGUAAUGCGUAGCUUUUGCCAUUCCAGGAGAUCAUAAUAGGACCUUAGGAUAGCUCCUAUUAUGAUCUCUUGCCUUCGUAAAUGAAAAAAAAAAGUAAACUGUCUACUUCAAAGGAAGAUCUAGCCUGUAUCAGAUAUUCAGGUAGCAAGCGCAGCACUGCGAAACAGAGAAGGGAAAUAAAAAAAAAAAGAAAGAAAGAAAAAUGCGGAGGAGAGGUGGCGAGAAGUUUUCACGGGCCUUGGUCCUUGGCAUUGCAUAUCCUCGUCUAACGCUUUGGCUUUGUGUCUGCUAUCUGAACCCCUUGGCCCAGUUGUUCGAGGGUCGAUUAGCAUUAAACCGUGCUUAAAAUUCUUUCUCUUUUCUUCAAAAGAAUUUUCUCGGAUCUCUAUUUUUUUUUGAAGCGUCCAAUCAUAAAUGGCUGACAAAAAGAAUUCAAAUGAAUUUCCUUUUUAAGCUUUCAUAUCUGAACUUUAAUUUCGCACUAACCCUGGGUUAUCUGACCAAGCAUUUGAACAAUCUGGGCCUGGAAAAAGUCGGACGUCCGAGCAGUCUCACAGAGGAACGACAUAAGUCAGGGGUGUAGCCAGCCCAUACACCUGUAGGCCCGGGCUUAUAAAUUUUUGGCUUGAUCACUCUACCGCUUGUAAUGCAAGUAAAUUAUGGGUUGUUGGGGUGAGCUAAAAAGGCCUACAACUAUUAAAAAAGCUGGCUACGCCCCUGUACGUUACCACUCAGGAUGGCUCUCAGUCUUCUCAUUUAAAUUCUGUGUCUCAGGUAACGUGAUUCAUACUUACUGAAUAAUUACGAUGUAGAGAUCAUUAAAAAAAACUGCUCUAGCGUUGCCUAGAAAGUUAUGUCUUCAACGCAUGUACCUACACUUCCCAGUACUGAACUACCUUUUUUCUUUUCUACAGGCGCUUCUUGUUUAGAUGACAGAAUAAGGCAGGUCCUGCGCUCUACACCAGGAUCACAACCGUGGUACGAAAGAUACAUCAGAGUCUUCUGCCGAGAAAUAUUCUUGGACAAAUCAAGUGAUCUUUGGGAGAAAGGAUUUUGGCUUUCUAAGAUACUUAAGCCUUGGCCCCUUGUCUUCCAAGCUCGUCUCCUUUACAUCCUUUAUGGACCAGUCAAUGAUGACAACGGUAAGAAGUGUUGCUUGUAAGUCCCUUUUACAACGUAAGACUUUGUCAUUAAAAAACUCCUAAGAUUUCUUGAUAACCAACAUUGCAGGAACAAUAGAGUGGAGUAUAGUGGAAAGUUGCCCAACAUAUCUUGGAGUGGAAGACGCCGAAUUAAAAGAACUUGCAGAUGCUUUAAAAGUCUUGCACGUAUACAGUGACAACAAAGACUGGAAUGGCGACGAUUUUAUCAGCGUCUUUGAGGAGUUAACGGGUUGGUAUUCCCUUUUUUAACAAUCACAGACGAAUGGUCGAUCGGAAUACUGAACCAUAUUAUAUUUCAUGAUUUUACGACGCAGUGUCUGCGCAACUAUAAUACAUGUAAAUAUCACAGUCUAUGUCAAAGAAGCCCUUGGUGGAAGUUUGUUGUAGUCAAGUAUUGAAAUGACCAUUUAUUUAUUUGAAGUCAUAAUUUGUUGGCUUAAACACGUUAUCAGAGGCGGAUCUAGGGGAGGGGCCCAGGGGGCCCGGUCCCCCCUUUUUCAGACGAACCCCCCCCCCCCCUCUUAUCUGAAGGUCUGGAUCCGCCACUACGUUGUAACGUAGUUAUCUUUUCCGAUGAAUGCUAAAAAUGGUGGUGGUGGUGGUGGGGGGUUACAAUUGUCAACAUUUCUGUACGUUUGCAGUUUCUUCAGUGAAGUUCCUGGGCUUUUACUGUGCCAUAAAUAAUCCAUGAAUGUGGCGUAUGUCUGAUUACCGAUAACACCACUAUUUUUUGUUUAUCUCUAUGCUGUACCAUUAAGGUACACCAACAGACUGGUGCAUGGAGAACGUUGCGAAGCUGCUUAAGCUUUGCGGGGAAACAGUUUGCUUUGAAGUACUUGGAAAUAAAGCUAUAAAUGGAAGAGUUCAUGAACUAUCCUAUCUUGGCUAUUAUCUAGGACAGGUAACAGAUCGUUGUAACUUUGAUGUGCUUUUACAUAGUGAGAGUAACUAAUAGUAAAGCAAAAAAAUUAUUAAAAGAUCUUCUAAAACGUAGUAAUAUUUGAAGGAUUUUAAUGCUUACUUUCCAGGUUUUAGGUCAAGAAGACAUUACGCAUGGAAAAGACACAGGGGUGAAGAGUUUCACAAGCACUUUGCAGGAAGUUCUAAGAGCGAUGCAAAGCAGUAAAGAUCAGGCUGCACUAGUAUCAUCACUGUUCAAUGUGUGGGAAGAGAACAUACUUAGCCUUGGUGAAGGGUUACAGGAAGACUUUGGUAUGUACAAACAUGUGCCGAGGCAAACAUAGCUAAGUUGACUUCACUUAUUGGUGGUGCCAGACUCGCUAAUGAUGAGAGGUGUACGCAGAUAGCAGGGGCACCCAACGGGAAAUUUUGAGAAAAAGACCUAAAAACAACAACAAAGCGUGAAUAAAGUUUUCUGAGACUAUUUUAAGCAAUUUGGGAGAUUGCUGGAAAAAAAAUUAUCUGUUCCUCACUCCCAGCAAGACUGAUGGAAGAGUUCCCAGCCAGCAACCUUACAACUUGGAACCUGACUUACUGGGCAGUUUCAUAGGGCACAAUUCAGAUCUUGAGUGGUAAGUAACCCAUACAAGUAACCCGUACCAGCUAUUCUAGACUUCAAAUCCCCUCUGACACCCUGAAUUAUAUUUUUCCCAGCAACACUUUCCUAUUAUUUCUUUCACAUCUCCCAGCCAGCAAAAAUGUGCCUGAAGAACAGAUAUUUUAAGGAACAGAUCCAUUGGGUGCCCCUGAGAUAGAAUAUAACUUCAAUUGAAAACUCUGCGAUAAAAAAAAUAUAAUUUAAUCUCUAAUAUAACAGACACCAAAAUUGUCAAAAGGGCUUCAGGAAUUACUUUUUGCCUUGGAAAUAAAGAGUCAGGAGGCUGCUUGGGCUAAAUCUUUUCUAGUGUACUACCACUGGUUUUAUAAGAAUAUCACUGGAUUGUAUGACGAAGACUUGGACUUCCUCAUAAAAGCUAUCAAGAUAAAACGUUAUAUACAUAGUUCAGUUUGAGCCCUCCUGGUCGGACACUGGGCAUAUAUUUUUACUACUUUGGUCUGAAAUAGAGUUUGUUCUCUUUGGAACCAGACAGGGACUGGAACUGGGAGUGUCUUUUAACACUCUUCUCACAGCAAGCCCUAAUAUUUCAUGGUAAUGAUUGUUUCCGGUACCGUGGUCUCAAAAUAACGGGACCGAAAUUGGGUUCCCGGUCAAUUUACUGCGGGUUAUAUACCGAAUACGAAACUAAAACGUUGAUUAGCAUAUCAUCUUUCUUUUGUUUGCCAUCUUAAAUUGUUUCCAAAGUGCAUUGAACGUAAUACUGAUUUUACGGCUUUCAGGACCAAGAAAAAAUAUAUAUGACUUCCAAAACUGAAAACACUUAAGAUGUGGGUUCCCAUGAAUUUCCACGGAACCAAAAAAUUGUCACGGAUGGUUUCAGAUUCUGGGUAGGGAAUUAAACUAAAAUUGUUCUCCAUGGGAAUUGAAAUCCUGGGGCUUGCUUAGCACAAGUUCAAGCCACCUCAAAGAUUCGUGUAACAUACGACAGCUGUCAUCCAGCAUUAUUAAAUAUUUUUCUUUACAGAUUUUGAUACCCCUGAAGAGCAAGAACAAGUCUUUGCAGCAAGCGUACACAAUUUAUCCAAAAUGGCUGGCAUACUACUAAAAGAAUGUAUUGCAAAAUAGAGACCGUCAGAAGAUAUGAUAGGACAAGAGAGAAUGAGAACAUUUUCUAAAUGAAUUUGCAGGAAAAUUUAAAAAUAUUUAAUGAAACGAACAAUGCCGUGAAAAAAAUUUAAAAGAAUGUCAAUAUUUAUAGAGACCCUUUAAGGUAUUGUACAUUUUCUUCCUGAUCUCGACACUUUUUACUGAUAAUUACUUUACAUGCUCAUUCACUGAACGUUUUACUUCUUACGCCUAAUUAUAAGAUCCACUAAGAGAGUGUUAAAACUGAUCUAAAAUGAGUAUUAACCAUAUCAAUCCAGUUCAAGUGAAUCGCCACUGACAUUCAUUUAGUGCAACAUUAGAUUAGCAUUUAAGGUGGCAAAGACAUUGAUGGUGCAGUAGUGUUGGGUUUGCAAGAGACUAAAUAAAAUGAAACACUUGAGAUCCACUUGACGUAUUAAAUAUUCUAAUAUCAAAUGUAACAUAAACUGUACGGUAGUUCAGUAAGUCUUGAUAAAACGCCCCAGUGCUGUAAGUCUGGCUGUGAGAAAGGCCAUUUAGAAUGCAGUCUUUGCACCUUAUGAAUUUCAGGGAAAAAAGCAGUUCUUUUACAAUAAAAGACUUUGUCACUUUGUAUUGUUUUUUUUCUUUUUUGCAUGAUGUAGGAUUUUCUGGGCAGCGUUUCUCACGAGUUAUUUUCGAUUUGAAUCUUCCUGGUUUGAAGGAUUGUUUGGUCCCGGUUUGUAACGGUUAUACAUGUCACGAAGUAAAAACUGGCCUGUACUGUUACCUGCACUGCUCGGGCUGGUAUUGGGGCUUUUUAGUACUACUACGUAUUUGCACGAAGAGGUACUCCCUAUAUAGUCUAUAUAGACUUUCUAAAACAUUUAAAAUUUCUAGCUCGCUCUUCGCGCUCGAAAAAAAUUUUGAGCUAGACUUGUAGGCAAGUACUCUCUAUAAUGCACUUUAUGGGGAGGCUCCGCCCGAAAGGGGUACCUUUUCAGGCUUCAGGUACAUGAAAGGGUUGGAAUUUCACUUGUUGCAGUAUAUAAAAGGAUAGGGAAACCUGCUAUUUUAGUUGAUAAAAAGACCCAAGGGCUAACAGACGCAUUUCAUGGCAGGACUGAAAAAGUCGAGAAGUCGUUUUGAUUUUUUGACAAAGCAAAAUCGAGAGAAAAAGCACAUAGCAGACAUAGCAAGGUUCGAGGUUCGCUCUCCAAAUAAAAAUCAUCAUUAGGUUUGGUUUGUUUGCGAAACACGCGCAAAAAUUCUAUUGAGUCACCCAGAGACCCCGGGAGGUACUCCCUUAUAUAAACUAUACAGGUAGUAUGUGCCGCCCCAUCGGAUAGGUUUUUGCGCCUUUUUGGUCUGAAAACGGGUAUAGAUUUUGCCCAUGUUGGUCUGUAAUCGGGUAUGGUUUUCGAGAGAACUACGGGAGUGUAUGAACGUAUUUAUCGUUUUAAAUCCAAAUGAGUAAGACAGAAAGAGAAAUAUUCGAAUUUUAAAUGGAUUUGAAGAAUUUUAUGUGUGCGCUCUAUUCUAAGUAAUGAUGACAUAAUUUCUGUCUUAAGGCCAGGUCUGAAAACGGGUAUAGAUUUUAGAGGUCUGGUCUGAAAACGGGUGUGCAAAAUGACAUUUUUUGGUCUGAAAUAGGGUCAGGAUUUGAAGAACAGGGCGGCACACCCCCACCAAGAAUUCCCAAGAGUACCCACCUUAGACCAGAGACAUCUCUCACGACCCCGUGUCUGUAGCCUUUGGGGCGAUCGAGACGAUCAUAUAGAAACUACUAAUCGUCCCAGUCGUCCGGAUCGUCUCGAGAUUUUUUGAAACGACUUGAGCGAUCGGGCAGAAGAUCAUAUGGAAACCAGGCUUCAGUAUAUAAAUUUCACUCUAAGCGCGUUAGUCUUCCUCUAAUGUACGCGUUUCAUCAGGAGAACUAAAUUGUCGGGAAAACAUGCGGAAAAACUUUCGUCGUUAAUAGUAUUAAUGAAGGGUCACAUUGAAAUCAAGUGAUUCAUGCUGUUAAAAGUACCAUUUGACGAAAAAUAAUUACCCCCUCCUCCCCGUCCGUCACGGUCUUUACUAAUCAAACGCGACUCUAGUUAAUCAGUCAGUCAAUAACAUGACAGCUUUAUUGUGCCACACUGCUCACUCGACACCGCCUCCAGUAGCCGAUUCGAUUUCAUGCAAGCUAUAUAUUUUUAGUGCCGGAGUUGCACAUGUUAACCUCAUUGGAAUGGGUGGAAAACUCGCUAAAGAUCACAAAAGGGACAAAAUAAUCGAGGGCGAUUUUGUAGAUGUCGAGAAGUUCUCUGGAGGAGUCGAUGAAUUCGGUGAGCGAAAAGGCGAAGGAGUGUAUUGCUACCAAAAUGGCGACAUUUACGACGGCGAUUGGAAGAAAGGAAUGAAACACGGAUAUGGACUUUACACCUACGCAAGUGGUAAAAGGUAUAGAAAUCUAACAUCAUCGUUAAGGCCUCUGAGUGCAAACCAAAAACUUGGUUAUUCAUGUAUGUAAUGUCGUUACUUUGAUAUGGACAUCAAGUUACUUCCGGUAGUUCUCAGGGUAAUUUUAAUUACAUUUGGCUCUUUAUAAACAUAUUACUUCGUUUUUCUUUGAGAUCCUGAUUCACUGAGUAAGUUCGUUGUUUUUCUAAGCUCUUUCAAACGAAAAUGUUGAAUUUAAAAGUGAUUUUAAUAAGACUUUUGUAGCUUAUCUCUAUUAUGUUUACAAUGUCGAUAGCAGCGAAUGCAAAUUUCUCAAAUUCGGCUAUAGUCCUAAAGAAGCUAAAUUCGCCUUCUUGAAUAGACGAAUAUUUGACAUGUUUAAUGUGCAAUUAAAGGGUGGAUUGUUUCCAAGUAAAAUAUUGAACCGACAAAACCCCUUUCGUUGGAAUAUAAGCCAUUACAAAAAUCAAUUAGAUCAUACCAUUGUUCUUGAAGUAUUGCUUCAAUAUCGAACACAGUAAGCAGCUCUACCAGGAUGUGGAAUCGCCGCACAGAGUAGUUGAAAAUUAUAAAUAAUAGAUCAUGAAAUGAUUUGGGUGUAAUCUUGGAAUUUACGUUUGCGAUAAAUAUUGCGGUCUUCAUGCCCCCUAUUGUGUUGUGAAUAUUUUGCCCGUAUGGGGUAGUCAAACUUCAAGCCCUUCUGCCUAUGUGAACUUUUUAUUGCCUUAAAGGCAAAUAUUUUCAAAAUCUGAAGUUGAUACCAAGAAAAAUAUGGAACGUAAGCGAGAAGACCUGAAUUUUUUAUGUACUUACUUCUUUAAAUUAAAAAAUCCCCAAAUAAUACCUAAAUUUAGAGUCCCCACUUUGUAUGGUGCUUUUGGAGACUUCCUCCUAUGAAUUUUUAAUUCAAUGUUAUUUUUAUUUUCUUGUUCUGUGGAGUAGAUAUUUAUGACGUAAAAAAUGAUGAAAUAAAUAGUUCCUCACGAAAUUGCAUGGACAGCACGCGACAGAUUGCGCUCAGAAAUUGCGAUCAUUGGUCACCAUUGCGUGACAUAAAAAUAAGAAAUUCGGUUCCAGUCCAUCCUCUUUGUCUCACUGCAUUAUCAGACGGGUUGACCAGCAUGUGCUUCUUCUUGUUUUCAUAUAUACGCUCUUAUUUUUUCUGUGCAUCCUUAAAACAUCUCGUUUACACAUAACACUUUUUAGUCGCUUUCGUCAAUGCACACGUGUUCGAAAACGGAUAUUUUUUUUAUAUUUGAAUCAUUAUAAAAUGAUCCUUGACUUUUGGGUAGACAAAGUUAUCUAAUGUUCCUGGGCUCUAUAACCCAGUAAACCUCCGAGAUCUUUCUCUUUGAACUCUGUUAUAAAUGUUUUCGUCGGAUAUGUAUGGGCGGAAGGUAAAUCCGUGGAGGAAAAUCCGUUUAGUUUCAAAAUGAAAACGCAUACGGUUGGAUGGGUCCUUUUAAUUUCACCGCCAAUCCUCGUUUGUGUUUUGUAUUGUACUGUCAUUGAGCGAGUAUUCUUUUCAAUUCAAACGUACGAGGAAUUUAUCGUUGUGAAUAUUUGUAAUUUGACAAUUCCAAAACGAGACUUUCUUUCCAUGAAAUAUGUUGGUCAAGGGCUAUUAUUUCUGCGUCGUAAAAAUUUGUUUUAUCACCAUAUUUGCUAUUAAUAAUCUGUCAAUUUUUGUUUUCCUUUAUGUGGAUGGAUUUGAUUUGUUUGUUUUUCAGCAUCAAAGGAUGGUUCUACAAAGACCGCUUCAUAGGAUCUGAACCAAACGAAAAGUUAAAGAAGGAAAUGAAAAAGAAAAUGAAAACAAAGCCUGGGGCUGAAAACGAUGCGCCACCGCUUCCUCCUCCUGCAAGUUUAGUUUUGUAAGUCUUAUCAUGUAAACGCAGUGAGUAGCAGUGAGAGGGUUAUAACUAAUUAAUGGGUGUAAAGUUCCUUUCUCAUCCUUGUUCUUCACUUUUUCCCUGUUGUAUGAAUUCGACAGGUAAUCUGAAUAAGGCGGCGGGGAAGGAGACUUGGACGGAGUAGUUAGGGCGCCUGUCAAUGUAAAUCCCGCGGGGAAUUCCGGCGACACCAACGAGAACGGCAAAAAAGUAAUAGGUUUAGACUGGCAGAACAACAACUCUGCACAUGUAUCACGCUUUUUGUACAUUUCUUUGCCCUCGUUGCACGACUACGGCAAUGAAAUUAGAGGUUUUUAGGAGGUGCGUACUAUCAAAGACUACGACCUGAAACUUCUUAAUUUCACGUUUUGUGGAGGACGAGCACAAGACAACGACCUUCUUUUUCUUUUUCUGAACUGGAUACAGUCCGUUAGAACUCAACUCCAGAAAAAUUACCCAACAUUUGACGAAAUGAACGAAAUGGAAUACGCGCGAUUAAAUUUGAAGCAGCGCGAACACACUUCGUAGCCGUCGCCACUAUUGCCGUCGUUAAUGCUUAAUCUCCCUAAUGUGGGGGAAGGGGUGGGGCGGUGAAAAGUUUACGUUCUUUUGGUAGCAAGGGAUUUUUUAGACCCUGUUUACAUGGAGUGGGGGAUCCCGGUUUAGUGGGGUAGGUUUCUUUUGUUUUGUGUUCCCCAGAGAGUAAAAACAAAAGAAACCAACCCCACAAGACCGGGGUCCCCCACUCCAUGUAAACAGGCCCUUAAUUAAAUAUCUCCAGAAUACGUAUUAAAAGACAAUGAUGGAUUUAUUAUUACAUACACCUUCAAUUAACUUAUCUUAAUACUUCUUUGGAGUGCUGCGACGAUUUAACAACGUGUUUUUUAUUUUCAUGAUAAGCAAUGCCCAAACUUGACAGCUUUUACAUUGUAGGUGCAUAAUCGUAGUCCCAGUUGCCCUAGACUACGAGUAGUCCCCAUUUUUCCUCAGGGAUAGAAGAAAAUAGCGCCUCGUCUUUCUCGGGAGAAAGAUUAAAUUUGAAGCAGCGCGAACACACUUCGUAGCCGUCGCCACUAUUGCCGUCGUUAAUGCUUAAUCUCCCUAAUGUGGGGGAAGGGGUGGGGCGGUGAAAAGUUUACGUUCUUUUGGUAGCGAGGGAUUUUUUUAGACCCUGUUUACAUGGAGUGGGGGACCCCGGUUUAGUGGGGUAGGUUUCUUUUGUUUUGUGUUCCCCAGAGAGUAAAAACAAAAGAAACCAACCCCACAAGACCGGGGUCCCCCACUCCAUGUAAACAGGCCCUUAAUUAAAUAUCUCCAGAAUACGUAUUAAAAGACAAUGAUGGAUUUAUUAUUACAUACACCUUCAAUUAACUUAUCUUAAUACUUCUUUGGAGUGCUGCGACGAUUUAACAACGUGUUUUUUAUUUUCAUGAUAAGCAAUGCCCAAACUUGACAGCUUUUACAUUGUAGGUGCAUAAUCGUAGUCCCAGUUGCCCUAGACUACGAGUAGUCCCCAUUUUUCCUCAGGGAUAGAAGAAAAUAGCGCCUCGUCUUUCUCGGGAGGGGUGAUUUUCAAGCGCGCUCGCGUUUUGCUCGCUCUAAUAUCCUAGAGGAAAAAUGGGGCCUACUCGUAGUCUACAGUUGCCCUAAAGAUGGAUAGUGUUAUCUCGGAAUAAAUGUAAUCAGUAGGUAACUCGAUUGGCUUUCCACUGGAUGGUACUAAUUAGUAGACAGCGCUAUCCGACGUUUGAACACUGCUUUGUUUAUAAAUAAAAACCUCCGUCAAGUUUAUUGCCAAUGAUUGAAGAAUAUCGUAAAGCUACCUUUCUUAUGUGCAAAUCUUUUCCUUCCUUAUGUAUUGCAAAACACGAGUCAGAUUGUUUCUUUGUAAUCAGUUAAUAACAGUGUUUCUUUGCCUCAAAUAGUUCACCCCCUGCAGACGAUGACAACAGAUCGAAACCUCUAGUACAAAUUCGUACCUCAACCAGUCACGAAGAUGUUUCCAAAGACGACAGUCUGCUUGGAGAUGGAGAUUUCCGUCGGGUAAAGAGUGAGCGUCGACCAAAGAACUAUUUCCGAAGAAAUUUCAAGCUCCCCAGUAAGAAUGAGGAGAAGUUGGAAAGGCAAAGAAGCUUGAGGUUACGGCAGUCCAUCCGCGCUAAAUGGGGCUUGCCUGAGCCUUCUCGAAAGAAUCCGCUGCUUUCUGCUGAUUAG